AUGACCAGUGAAGGAACUGACCGAGAUCAAGGACUAUUGGCACUGCUAAGAUCGGUUGGUGCAAGACUGUUUUCCGCAUCAAACGUAACUUUUCACAAUGAACAAGAAAAAGUAGACGAAGAAACAGACUUUCUUGUUGGAAAACUCGAGAAAAACGACAGCAUUAUCUGCUCCUAUCUCACAGAACCAAGACUUCAAGAGUUAGGAAAACUCAAAACCGCGAGAGGUUUCACCCUUAAAGAUGGAUUACGCCGUGGAAUUCGCGAGAAAGAUAAGAUAGGAAUUCUUGCUGGGGAUGAGGAAUCAUACGUGUUAUUUCAAAGCGUUUUUGAUCGGCUAGUCAGAGACAUUCACGGAGUUAGCGCGGAUCAUCUACAAACAACAAGACUUUGUGUAGACGCCCCUAACAAUUUUUUGCUUGAUAAACCACAAGUGCUCUCCUGCAGAUUACGGGUGCUCAGGUCUUUAAAAGGUCUUCCAUUCUCCUGGUUCUGCACUAAAGACCAAAGACUUUUUGUCGAGGCAAUCGUGACAGGAGUUUUGGAUAAACUAAAAGGUAGUUGUAGCCUGCUAGCAAGUUUAUCACAGUCCCCUCGAUAUUUUUUUCACGAUAUGAACUAAAAUGGUAUCAUCUAAUGACAAAAAAAUCACUUUUCACUCGCGUGUUCCAUGAAAAUGAAAACCAGCCUCUUCAUGUUGAAAACAGCUGGCUCAAACGCGAAAAAAAGGCGGGAAAAGCUAAUCACGUGGUCGCCUCUGCUUUGAGAGCCUUGACCAUAACAAAAGCAACAAAUUCUAUAUUUGAUUUAAUAUUUACAUUAAUUAAAAACCCAACGAAAGAUAUUUUUCUAAUACCCCUCAGCCUUAUAGAAAUUCCAAUCAAGCUUCCUACCUUUCAUCUAUUUUUCUGCCCCCCCCCCCCACAGAAAUGUUUGAUCCCGUCUAUGGGUACGAUGAAACAUGGGGCAAAUACGAGAUGCAGGAAGGUUGCUUUACGGCUGCAUGUUUGAUAUUCCCAAUCGCCUAGGCUUGUAACUCAUUACUACCGGUAUUUACAUUUCAAUUCUGAAAAUUAGACAGUCUUCAGGGUAAAUACAUUCCUCUGAGCCGGCUUCAAGACCAGGAGCUCAAUCACAUUCUUGAGGUCCAUCACUUGUUUUUAAAGCAACGAUGUUUUACAAACCGCGUGUGGAAAGAAGGGCGAGGCAUAUGGUAUGACGUUCAAAACCGUCUGUUGGUUGUGGUAAACGAGGACGAACACAUGAAGGUUAUUUGCCAGAAAUUUGAUGGUGACCUAUGGGCCGUAUUGUCAACUCUGAAAGGAUUGCUUAUUGAGAUAGAAAACUUCCUUAGCAAGGAUGGAUACGAGUUUAUGCGAACGCAUCACUAUGGAUACCUGGCUUCCAGGCCUCUAGAACUUGGCACCUCACUUCGUGUAAGCGUCAAUGUGAAACUACCUUUAACUUCAAAGGUGAUGAUAAAUGUUAGCUAUAACAUUUUUUUAGGUUCAAUUCAGUUCAGUUCACAACAGAACUGGAAAAGGAGGAAAAUAAAGUAAGUUAAGCAUUAUAUAUGUAAAUAAACAAAUGAUGCGAUAAUUUUAUGAAAUAAGGCUCAGUAUAAAUAUACAUUUACCCUUUUAGCCACAAAAUCGAUUUAAUCCUAAAUUUGAGAGCUCACAAAAUUGCAUCGGCAUGGCUAUAAGUAACCUGCGAUAGAGCGGUCCUUUUCCCCUUUUUCUUUGAAAGGCGAGGGGGGGAAAGACAUAAAGGUUUCUUUUUUCCCUAGUUGCCCGUACGUCCGCAGGUUACAGCAUGAGGUCAUUGUUGGUGAAGUUUAUAGAGAUUAAUUGAAUGGCAAAUUUUAAGAUGCAAUUCUCAGGCUUCAGUUUUUACAAUGAGGGAGUGCUCUGAGGCAAAGCUAAAGAAAGUAAGUGACAUGCUGCAGAGACAACAAUAAACAACCAACAGCAACAAUGGACCUUACCCCUAAAACAAUAUAGCUGCUUGCUAUUCGAAGUUCCAAUGAAUUUCGAGGUUCUAGAGAAUUUUCAGUACUAUCCGAAUACGGUUUGUAUACAGCCCUCCGUUCUAUUGGGUGGUGCAAUAGUCAUCAAUUUUUUUUUUUUCAGGAUGCCAGACUCCCAUUUGUUUUAAAGUCUUUUGGUCUACGACGUGAAAAAUCAGGUCAGUGACCCAAUUUACAGCUGUAUUAAAAAUAAACCAUUUAGGCCAAGCUGAGGCCCCCAGGGCCAACAAAAAUUAUUUUUGAGGCAUUCCCUCACCCCUCUUAUCCGAUAUUAGGAAAUGGAUAUAAGCUGAGCGGGUUUCCCACUUUACAGAAGAUCUGAAUCUUCUACUUCUGAGACUAAAAAUCAUGGAUAGUUGCAUGAAACGAGGAGAUACAGUGGUAUUAAAGACUAUUAAAGUGCCUUUGUUUUUUCUUUUCUUACAGGGCUACGUUACUCAGAUCCUCAAGCAUGUCGAAGAAAAAUAUUUGAAGUGUCAAAUGAUAAAAGAAUGGGAGAAAACGAAGUGAGAACAUGUGUUUUCAGUAAUAUAAAGCUGUUUUAAAGUGGUGAUUACUGUAAUACCGAUUUUUCUAUUCUUAUUUGCUAAGGCUGCCUACUGCAUGUAAGUUUUCUCUGUAGUUUGCAUUCUUUAUUACAACUAAAAGCUAAUAUUAAUUGUCAUGACAAACCUAAUGCCACUUUAUCGUUAAGUUUUUAUCGUUUUUUUAAGCAUGUGCCCAGGGGAGUCCAACGACCGAAUGCUUCCAACUACGUUAAAAGUGUCUCAAAUGGUUUAAUUUAUCUGUCUGGAUGUCUUAGAGCAUAGUUAUUAGAGGAGACUGGUUAUAAAAGAAGGCAAACCGGCAAAUUCAAAAACAACAGUGCUGCUUUUUAUGUUGGAAGCUUUCUGACGGUACACAGUCCUUUGCCUUUUUCUGUUGGCAAAAUGUGACCAGAAACCUAGACCUUGUCCAGGCGCGGAUCCAAACCGGUUUCCACCGUUUUACGGAAAUCGGUCAGAUUUUUCAUAAUAAACAUAUUUUUAAUAAUAAUAGUAGAACUUUCCAAGUUGAAAUCUGGAAAAUGGUCUGGACAAAUGUUUUCUUUUUCCAGUUUCCGGGCAUUAGACAGAAACCGGGGAAAGGGAACUUCAGAGAGUUAAAACCCAAAAAAAUUCCUGGGAGUGCAUCCGGGCUCCCCUAGAAGCUUGCUCCCUCGGCCCCUCGUUUAGGAAAUCGGUCAGUAUUUAUCCUAGAUCCGCGCCUGUUGUCACGGUUUUGAAAGCCGGCCAUGUUGACGAGUAGGUAGCCGCGUGAGAAAUUAAAGUUUUUGUAUGCCAAUCUAAUGUCGAAUAAUUUCCGUAAAACGGCUCUUCCUGAAAACUGAAAAUAUGAAUUGUAAACUAAAGCUUCACUCCUAACGAUUCUACUGAAAAAAUCUGAGGGCGUUACAUGCAGCUACAAGCGCUAGAACCACUUUCUAAACAUUUGUCGGUAAGAAUUUCUCUUCCUGCCAACUAAUUAUUGAUCACAGUUACGACAGUUACGGCCCUAAAAAUUUGUUAGUAAAAUCCUUUGCUGUGUACUGGUGUAGCUUUAGUUAACAUCGAUUUUCCAUUCACAUUUUUUUUCAGAACAGUUGUUUUAGGAAAAUUAUUCGACAUUAGAUUCUCAUACAAACACUGUAAUUUCUCACGCGGCUGUCUACUCGUCAAGAUGGCUUCCAAAACCGUGACAAGGCCUAUUAAUGGUGCGUUUUUAUUGGUCAGUAAGAUCAAAAUGUUAGGAAUGCUAUUGAACGUUGUGCAUCGUCAGGUCCACAAAAACAUUAUUACAAUGGAGUCUGACGGACUUCAUAACCAUUCCACAUUUUAGCUACAAGCUUAGGGGAACUUUGGGCGUCUUUUUUGUCUCAUCCGAAGAAAACUGCAUGUUAGCUACCCUGAGGGUCCGGUCGAAACUUCGAAGACAUGGAUCAGCCGGCCGUACUUUAAUACAUUAGAAAACUCUAUGGGACGUUUUGUCUCAAUACCAAUAUUUCAAAUUUUUAAACAAUAAUCGCAAUAUCUUGGUAAUAAAAUUGUAAAAAACGCAACUUCCGAAAAUCGUAGGUAAGUUAGUAAAAAUAUCUUGGACGAAUGUGACGGUUAUCCAAAAAUUACAGAAAAAAGUUCUUGGGUGCCCCUACGUGCUGUCAAGUUACACUCCAUCGUGAUCUCCCUAUCACGUUCGCGAUUCAUACUUUACUUGAAAUAUGUGAAUGACCGUGAAUUGCAGAGCCCUGCACAAGUAUUUUUCUUGAUACUUUAAUCAUUACUUUAACACUAACUAGAAGAGAUAUCUGUGGACGUUGUUGUUCAUUUGUAUCCUUGGUUUAAUUUUAUUUUUCUUUCGUGCAUUCAGGAAAAAUUAAAUUUCAAACUUAAGGUUAAAAUUAAACCUCAAUGUUAUUUUUAUUUUGUCAGGUGGAACUCAUUCAUCAAUUCAUUACUGGCGUGACUCGUCUCAUUGAAAUGGAAGAACUUUUAACAAAAAAUCUUCAGCUGGACACGUUUAUCACCGACAUUGUUAAAAAUACGCACAACACAAGAGAUUAUUAA